AUGCUGAACUACGAUCGACAGGCCCUAGCUGUCAGGAGACAUCAAUGCGAGCAAGUUGACACAGAUCCUUUGGUCUGGACGAAUCAAAGGUUCAUUCGGUGGGCGAGGAAUAUCGAUCUCACGGAAUACGCCGAGAACUUGAAAGACUCGGGCGUGCACGGUGCUCUGGUUGUAUUGGAGCCGUCGUUCACCGGCGACACCAUGGCCACCGCCUUGGGUAUACCGCCGGCGAAGCAUAUGAUUAGACGACACCUCACCGCCGAAUUAGAAGCGCUCGUUCUACCAGCAAG